AUGGACUGGGGAACUGAUUUGUGGGACCAGAAUGACGUGAUUGACAAGCACACUCAGGCUGGCCUGGACCUGGUGGAGCGCUACAUCAAGUUUGUCAAGGAGCGCACUGAGAUCGAACAGAGCUACGCCAAGCAGCUCAGGAGUCUUUCAAGGAAGUACGGAAAGCGAGGAAACAAAGAUGAACAAGACUGCAGGUUCAGCAACCACGCUGCAAUGCAGGAGAUCUUGAACGAGUUGAACGACUACGCGGGCCAGCGCGAGUUGAUCGCUGAGACCAUGAUGACCAACAUCUGCGUAGAGCUCACCAAGUUCUUGCAAGACCUCAAACAGGACCGCAAAGGGCACCUUUCUGAUGCCAAGAAAGCACAACAGAACCUGGAGAGCAGUUUCAAACAGCUGGAAAGUACAAAGAAGCGAUUUGCCAAGGAGUGGGCAGAGGCUGAAAAAGCGACACAACAGGCCGAGAAAACAGAGAACGACGCCAAUGCCACUAAGAUCGAUGUAGAUAAAGCCAAACAGCAUGCGCACAUCCGCAUGCACACGGCGGAGGAAUGCCGCAGCGACUAUGCCGCAUACCUGCAAAAGUACAACAAGGAACAGAAGUAUUUCUACUACACAGAGAUGCCACAAAUAUUCAAUAAGUUACAAGAUCUAGAUGAGCGCAGGAUUCGUCGUCUGGCAGAAGGAUAUUGCCAGUUCUCUGACUUGGAGAAGAAGGUGCAGCCCAUCAUUGCCAAAUGUUUGGAAGGAAUCUCAGCAGCCGGAGCAAAAGUUGACGCAAAGCAGGACUCACUUUUGUUGGUGGAGCAGCACAAGUCAGGCUUUGAACGUCCUUCGGAUGUGGAAUUCGAAGACUACAGUCAGGGAAUCAAAGCGGGCAUCUCUGACUCCAGUCUCAACCUGUCGAAAGGUCGACCCAAGCUAUGGCUAUUUAGCAGGAAACACAAGACGUCACAUGCUGAGAAACACGUGCCACCACCCGCCGAGGACUUCUCUCACCUUCCUCCCGAGCAACGUAAGAAGAUGCUGCAAGCCAAGAUCGAAGACGUGUCCAAAAAACUUCACAUGACGCUAGAGACCAGUGAGGCCUUGGAGAAGAUGAAGGGCGUGUAUGAGCAGAACGCUGACUUGGGCAACCCAUCCACUUUGGAGCCGCAGAUUGCUGAAACGGCACAGAAGAUCGGAUAUUUGCGCGGCGAACUCGCCAAAUAUGAAACGUGGUUGUCCGAAGCAGUGGGAGGAGAUGAAUGUGUCAACGCCAUUAACAACAACAACCAUUCGCAAAACACGUUAGAAGAAUGCACUCUUGUGACGUCAGACAACCUCCAGAACAUUUAUACCGAGUUUGAUGACGACUUUGACGACCUUGGCCAGUGCACGGCUAUGUACAACUUUGAAGGUAAUAGCGAGGGUACCAUCUCGGUGACGGAUGGUGAGCUUCUGACCAUCAUGGAGGAGGACAAAGGUGACGGCUGGAUGAGGGUCCUGCGGGCAAACGGGGAGGAGGGUUUCAUCCCCUCCUCUUACGUCAAACUUGCCUCUUAA